AUGCCAACUCAAGCUGUAAAUGGGUUAGAGUACACUGUCUACCGCUCUGGCGAUGGCAGUGGCGGCUUCUCCACAGCAUCGGCAAAGGUACCUGAACUCGGCCCUCAUGACAUUCUUAUUCGCGUCACCCACAGCGGUGUCUGCCACACAGACAUCACCUUCUGCCAAUUAGGUGCCCCGAUAGCUCUUGGCCAUGAAGGAGUUGGAAUUGUCGAAGCCGUGGGCUCUCUCGUUACACAGUUCAAAAUCGGCGAUCGAGCCGGAGGUGGAUUCCACCGAGACGCCUGUGGUCACUGCAAGUAUUGCUUGUCUGGACGAGAUAUUUACUGCUACGAACGUGUCAUCUUUGGCGAGGGUGACUUCGACAAUGGGACCUUUAGCAAGUACUACAUCGGCAAGGAGACAUUUCUUCACAAGAUUCCCGGCAGUCUUGCCAGUGAGCAUGCAGCGCCCCUCCAAUGUGCUGGUGCAACCGUCUAUGCAGCCCUCGAGGCUACAGUCACCACAGACAAAAGAGUUGGUAUCCUGGGUAUCGGUGGUCUUGGUCAUCUUGCCAUCCAAUACGCAGACAAAAUGGGCGCUGAAGUUGUCAUCUACAGCACGAGUGCUAGCAAGGAAUCUGAGGCACGACAACUAGGUGCAAAGGAGUUUCAUCUCAUUGGAAAUAUGUUUAGUGAGAUCAAGGCACCUAUCGACGUUCUGGUCAUUUGUGGGACGAAAUAUCCAGACUGGGAUCGUGUCAUGACCAAAGACUUUCUCGCCAGAGACGGCAUUAUCGUCCCUCUGGCCGCUCCCGUACAGGGUCCCCUCAGCCUCCCCGCUGGAUCAAUGUUCUUCCAAGGGUAUCAUGUAUUCUCAAGCCUAGUAGGGUCCCGAAACAUUCACGACGAGAUGCUUGAAUUUUCAGGCCGACAUGGUAUUAAGCCUAUGGUCCAGGUCUUCGAGCAUAAAGGUGCUUCAACUAUUCAAGAAAUAUUUACGCUUGUCGAACAGAAUAAAAUGAGGUACAGAGCUGUCUUAGAAAUGCCCAGUUAG